AUGCCCAAGUGGCAGUUGUACGACUAUACAGAUAUGGACAUGGGGCCAGGUGACGGGGCCAGGAUGAAGGUUUAUAAUAGCAAGGAGAUGGCAUUACGGAACUGCGAUUCGACCAUAACAACCCUGGGCCUAAUACUUGGUGUGACCAGCAUGAUUGGCUUGGCAGUAUCACUUUUGACACUUUUACCUAUGAAUGUCUACAACACAGUAAUCGCCCUGAAAUCUCUCAAAGAUCUUUUGCAAUACGAAUACAUCAAACAUGGCCAGCUAGGGUCCCUUUCAAAAGAAGUCCAGCUUUGUCUAGCCUUUCUAGCUGGCUCGAUUGUUUCCUCUCUCACCACAGUAAUAAUGGUGUUUGGCGUCUGCUUUCGCAGCACCAAGUCACUAGCCCGCGUCGACCACAACUCAACCCCUCCCGUUCCAACCACACCAAAGGGAUAUGUGGGGCUUAUUUCCAGAGAACGCGAACUUGAUCUUGAAUCUGCAAACAGAUCCCGACAAGAGAAAUCGUACGAUAGACCACCAUCAAAAUGGGUUUGCUUGACUAAGCGCUUUAUGUAUAUAUCUCAAAUUAUUUGGGCAUGUUUUGGUACAUAUCUCUUAUUCUUUAUGGAUCUCCCAGCAGAUGCUUUACCAGAUAAUGUGUUCGGGUCAGCCGUAUUGUCGCUCUCUAUUCUUUGGCUAAACUAUGCUAUAUUAUCUGUUUUCACAUUCAUAUUGCUCUUUAUUUCCUUCCUGCUUAUUCUCGGUGGUGGAAGAAGAGACAAGAAGAAGUCCGGCGUUUCCAGAGCUCGGAAAUAUGGAAUACAAGUAUCUCACGAGAGAACUCCCCUCCUGAAAGAAUCUCCUAUAUCCUAA